AAAAAUACACAGAGCCAUCAUCUGAACCGAACCUGCUCCCUGUCGUUGUGGCCAAAACUAAAGAAAAAAUAAAAGAAAAAAGCUUAAAUUCUUGCAUAAAAUAACAAAAAUCAAACAAAAAUGUAUUUCGAACUAAACCGCGAAUAGUGAUUUUAAUUAAAGCUGAAUUUUGAUUCGGAAAUAACUCGAAAUUACCGAAAAACGUAACCAUUUUUUUUUGUGGUCGUGCUCCCCGAAAGGCGUUGCCAAAUCGAAAAGCUCUGAUGGAUAAAACAACAAAACCCUAACUAUAACCUCCAGAUCCCAUGCAGGCACAACCCUUGAAAGAACACUCAAAAGAAUUACCAAAAACUAAAGCGAAAUCUACAUUAACCAUACGCACCGUUUAAAAGCACAAAAAAAAGUGAAAAAUUCACAAAAAAAAAAAUAAAGGAAAAAAAGCCGAACCAUAAAAAGCAAACAAAAAGCUAAAACUCUCUAGAGAAGGAACAGAAGCAGCAGAAUCAUCGGCAGCAAGAACAUUCUGCUGCAUAAAUAAUACACGCCACACACAGAGGGACGAGACGAGACGCACGAAAGGAAGGACCACACGCGUCAUAUAGGAGGAACCACAUACCAGGCUGAAAGAGCCAGAGAAGCGGACUCUGGAAGCAAACACACGCAUGCAGAAGGCGCAGGGGAAGGUGCUGGAUGCGGUGCUCCUGUUCUAUUAUUUAACUGCUUUCAACGUUAGCGUGUUCAACUUGACGAAAGUCGAUUGAAAGCCGCCUUCAACGGCAUCCAGCCACCAGCAUCCCUUUCUCUCUCCCGUUCAAUCAACACAGAGAGACAAAGUGAGAGAGAGAGAGAGAGAGAGCAAAAGAUAGAGUCUGUGCGAGAGAGUGUGACGGCAGGAACGACGUCAACGUCAAUCCGCUCAAUAUUUAUACAUUGAGCGGAGUCUCUUGGCCAGAAUCCAGUACCAGAGCCAGGACCCCAAAAAGCAAACGCUCCCUGGCUCUCGCUGGGCCUCAAAAUAAAUAACAUCUGACAUCUGCCCGACCCUCGAGUCGCCCCCCAUCCUCCUCCUUCCCCCCGGUCUUUCUCUGCAUCGAGAAAGCACUUAACCAUAAAGAAAGCCCCCCAACAAACGAAACUUAACGAAAAGCGAAACAAUUUCCAUACAAAAAACAUAAAACCAACCAAACGUGAACUAAAAAAAGCAAAACUAAAACAAAGCAAUGGGCGCCAAGGAAAGUGUCGAGGCAGCCGCCAAACUAAACGCCGAUGGCUGGGGUCAUGUGGAGCGAGGAAGUCGCUACCACGGCCAUCGGCACAAUCAGCGAUCGCAGUCGUUAAAUCGCGGACAGGCGCUCUCGCAGGCGGACGUGAGCGGAAUGUGGUGACAUCGGGGUGCCUCUGG